AUGGCACGGCUGGUUAAGAGGCAAGCACCACAAGGAGCACCAGCAGAGGAGAUUAAGGAGGAACACCUUUUGGCUUUCAUUGCGAAGAAGGAAUAUAAUGAUGAUAAUAAAUGCAAAAAAAGGCUCGAGGAAUAUUGUGAAGAGUUGAAGAAAGCAGAUGAGAAACUAGAGAAUGUGGAUAAAAAAGUUAAAGGACUUUGUGAAGGGAAAGAUAAAAAAUGCACAGACCUGAAAGCCAAAGUUAAAAAAGAAUUAGAAGAUUUUGAAGGUGAACUUGAUGCAUUGUCAGAUGACAUAGAAGAUGAAAAUUGUAAAAAAUAUGAAGAAAAAUGUGUACUUUUAGAAGAGACGAGUUAUAGUGAUAUUAAGGAAAACUGUGUCAAGUUGAGGGAAGGAUGUUACGAAUUGAAGCGUAAAAAGGUGGCAGAGGAGCUUCUUUUGAGGGCGCUCGGAGGGAAAGCUAAAGUAGUGAAUGAAUGUCAAGAAGAAAUGAAAAAGGUUUGCCCAGUGUUAAGCCGAGAAAGCGACGAAUUGAUGUCUUUUUGCCUUGAUCCGAGUGGAACGUGUCAAGAGCUGAAAAAAAAAUUGGAAGAAAUUUGCAAGCCUUUACAAACAAAAUUGGAGAAAGAUUUAGAGGAAAAGUGUCAUGAAAGACUUGAGAAAUGUCAUUUUUACGGAGAAGCGUGUGAUGAUUCAAAGUGUAACGAUGAUAAGGAGCAAUGCAAGGGAAAAAAUAUUACAUAUAAAGCGCCAGGAUCCGAUUUUACUCCGGUGAAACCGAGGGCGUCGUUGUUGACAAUGAUUGGGUUGGAAGAUGUUUAUAAAAGAGCGGAAAAAGAUGGAAUUCUUAUUGGAAGACAAGGAGUGGAUCUACCAAAGACGUUUGGUGAUAAUUUUCUGCAAGAUCUUUUGCUAGUGUUGAGCCAAGAUGAGAAUGAUAAGAAACCAGAUAAAAAGUGCAAAAAAGCGUUAGAAAAAUGUGAUGCUUCUAAGCAUUUGGAUACUGAUUUGGAAAAGUUAUGCGGUGAUAAUAAAGAGAAACAAAAUAAAUGCGAAAAAUUACUAAAUAUAAAUGAAAGAUGUACAAAUCUCAAAUUAAAUCUUUAUCUGAAAGAUUUGUCUACGGAAUAUGAUAAAGAAUCAAAAGUUUUAUUCUGGAGAGAGCUUCCAACCUUAUUUACGAAGGGAGAGUGUGCAGAACUUGUCUCGGAAUGUUUUUAUUUAAAAAAUGUGUGUGAGGAUAAUAAAAUUGAUCAAGCGUGUCAAAAUGUACGAGCAGCGUGCUAUAAAAUGGGACAAAAUAGGAUGUUGAAUAUGCUCUUUCGAAAGGAAUUGAAGGAGAAUCCUGAUAAUAUAAAAUAUUAUGAUGAGAAUCCUGAUAAAUGUCAAAAAUUUGUCUUAGAAAGCUGUACAAAACUUAAAAAAUAUCUUCCACAAUGUCUUUACCCUAAAGAACUAUGUUAUGCGGUUUCAGAUGAUAUUUUCCUUCAAUCCAAAGAGUUAGGUGUGCUUUUGGAUGAUCAAAGAGAUUUUCCAUUAGAAGAGGAUUGUCUUGAAUUGAAGGAGAAGUGUGCUCAACUUGAAACUUAUUCAAAUUCGAAUUCUCAAAAGUGUGCAACAUUGAGAAGGCGCUGUAAAUACUUAAGAGUUUCAGAGGGAUUUAGAAAAGUAUUUUUAAAAAGAGAAGAUGAUUCGUUAAAGAAAGAAAACUGUACGAAGGCAUUGCAAGAAAAAUGUGAUGCUUUAUCUAGGAAAAGGAGGAAUCCAUUUGGGUUUUCAUGUGCUUUGCCAGAAGAAACAUGUAAAUAUAUGGUAGCCCGUACAAAAGAUGAAUGUUUUUAUUUAAGUGGCAACAUGGAGGAUGAAAAAAUUGUACAAGAAAUUGAAAACAAAAAAGCAAAUGAAACAGCACUUGAAGAACUCUGCACAACAUGGGGUAAAUAUUGUCACCAACUUAUGGAGAAUUGUCCGGAUGACUUGAAAAAAAAAGAAGGUGAUAAAGAUCAAAACUGUGAUGAACUCGAAAAAAAAUGCAGUGAAACUUUUGAAAAGUUGAAAUUGAAGGAGGAGCUGACUCAUCUGUUGAAAGGCAGUUUAAGCAACGGUGAUCAAUGUAAAGAAGCAUUGAAGAAGCCUUGCACUGAGUUGGAAAAGAAUAAAACAUUCGAAGCUCUGCUUGGUAAUUGUGAUGAUAAUACCAAGGGAAAUGUUUGCAAAAAAUUAGUUGAUAAAGUAAAAAAGAGAUGCCCUACUUUAAAAAUCGAACUGGAGAAUGCGAAAGAGGAGUUGACAAAGAUGAAAAAAGAAUACGAUGAGCUCAAACAGGUGGCAGAAAAAUCUACAGAGGCAGCUAAGUUAUUGCUAUCAAAGUCUGGAAAAGCCGCAAUGCCAAGUGGACAGGAUAGCAAUGGCUCUGUACCAGCACCACCAGCAGAGCCAGCACCAGGGACACUACCACCACCACCAUCAACUGACGGAACGGUAAACACGCCAGCUGGAGGAUCAGGGACAUCAGCUGGAGGAUCAGGUACACCAAGUAGUGGAACGACAGACUCUGCAAAACUUGGACUCGUUAAAAGAGCGUAUGUAGAAGGAGGAGUAUCAGAAGUAGAGGUAAAAGCAUUUGAUGCAACGACGAUAGCAUUGGAAUUGUAUUUGGAAUUGAAAGAGGAAUGUAAAGCUUUACAACUAGAUUGCGAUUUUAGAGUGGAAUGUCCAGAUACUAAACAAGCUUGCGAAAAUAUAGACACUUUAUGUAAACUGGAACCAUUAGAAAUUAAGCCUCAUCAUACAGAGACGCAAAAAGAAAUCUCAACCACUACGACGACCACUACGACGACCACUACCACAACUACGACUACGACUACUACGACUACUACUACGACAACCAAGCAGGGAAGUGGAGGAAAAGUAACAGAAGAGUGUACAAUGAUACAAACAACAGAUACAUGGGUGACGAGCACGUCAUUGCAUACGAGUACGACAACGAGUACGUCGACAGUGACGUCGACAGUGACGUUGACCUCGAUGCGCAAGUGCAAACCUACAAAAUGUACUACUGAUUCAAAGAAAGAGACAGACAAAGGAGGAGAAGAAGAAGAAGUGAAACCAAAUGAUGGGAUGAAAAUAAGAGUUCCUGAUAUGAUUAAAAUAAUGUUGUUGGGAGUGAUUGUUAUGGGGAUGAUGUAA